UCGCCUGUUUUAGAUGGUAAAAUGUUAAACAUUUCGGUGUUAAAUCGAUUCGUUCCGCUGCUGGGCCACACGAGGUCAAUUCAUAGCACCACUGGUCUGCUGUUCCGCAGUACGCCGGUACUGUGUGCAGAACCGCUAAAAAAGAAGAAAAAGCUCGACCCUCAAAUCGUCAAGCAGCGCGAGGAACGCAGACGAAAGCGUCUCGAGAAGCAAAUUCGUAGACUGGAGAAGAAUGCCCGUCAAUUGAAACCGAUCGAGGAGCUCGAAACCCCAAUGGAGCUGAUAGACGAGCAAAGCAAACGAAAACGUACUGUGCCUAAACAAUCCCUUGAACUGAUCGAGAGCCGAGCAUUGCUGGAGAAACAGUGGGCCAAAUUUAAGAUGCAGGAGAAGCUGAGCGACUAUCAACUGUUCGAUCGGAUAAUGGCAGCGCAAACCAAAGCAUUGAAUGAGCUGAAACUGGAAUCCGAAGAACUAUACCAGAAGGCGAUUCAAGUCGAUCGAGCGUUGGUGCCGUUCAGUGCGACUGGCCCAGUCUCAACUCCUCCAAUCAAAGACUAUGAACAACCAGAUGGCGAUUACAUCGAUGUGUCGCGGAAGUGGGAAUAAUUUGGCACUUUCCGUGUGGAAAUCGCAGUUUAUGGGGAUUGAUUUUCUGGCAUGCUUCGUUCACCGGCACGGAAACAUUGCAGCUGGAAUAACAUAAUAUUUUCGCAAUAGACGUAUUGCGCGAUUAAUUAUUAGUGUUUCUCUUGCUCUAGGCAUCAUUGGUAUAAAAUAAAUUUAC